AUGAAUCGAAUAGACAGUGGAGUCAUGGGAUCCUCUCCUCAAAAAAUAUCAAAGGAGCAAACAUCAUCCUUAUACAGGAGCAACACCGCAAGCCAUCGCCGUCGCACGGCGAAGGCAGUCUCAGACUCAGUUGGGGUUUCAAACCUAGCCAACAUGUCUACACACCGAUCAGCUUCUGAGAAGCGGACACGCCCAUCAAACUAUCGCUCGGCCUCCUCGUCAGAAAAUUCCACUCGCAGAUCAAGAUCAAAAGGCCGUGGCCAUGAUUCGAAAUUAUCUUCCCGGCGCACUUCUUGUACCAUCGUGGAUCCUUCAAGACCAGCUCGCCACUACCGGGUGAAGAGCUCUCACGCCGUGUCGCCCUCAAGCCAGGAAGUGGACGAUGUACUUGCACUCCACUUCCGCAGUUGCAGCCUGUUCUCAAACCCAUCCUAUCAGGCCAACUCCGCGCUACCGAGUCCAACACUGUCUACCCAUGAACACCUCGGCUUCCCGAAUGCAGCUCCCCGUUUCAGUAUGGACGAGAUGGUCAUGGUUGAGGAACAUGUCUCACUGCAAGAGAUCGAGAGCGCACGAGCACCGAUCCCAGCUACUACCACACACUGGACGUCAUCCAGCACACGCAAGCGGGACUACGAGCGGAUAGACAGACAGAAUACCGGUCUUCGAGGCCUAGUCAGAAGAGUAGUCCCUCGCUGUGUAUCGGGGCCAACAGAGAAGUUCUACGAAAAAGACCAGUCGGAGGCUGGAUCCGUUCGACGCUACAGACUGGACGUCAUCGAAAGUCACAUCAACGAGAAGGAGAUGACGCGACUCCAGACUCAGAAUUCGCGAUCGCAGAGGCCCAAGCUGAAGUCGCGAUGGACCUGCUUCUGA